AGCCUCCUGGCAGCGGCAGCCGCUUGUGUCUACUCUCCCUCUCUCUGUCACACACUCACACACUCAGUAUCAGUAGCCCAUGUAGAACCACGUAGCACCAGCUUUGGAUUUUAGCGGCAGCAGCGGCCGAAGCAGCAAUGGAUCUCUUUGAAUUCGACUUUUUCAGAGACUGGGAGCUUGAACAACCAUGUCAUCUGGAGUCAGAGCGCAGUGCCCUGAAGAGGAGAGAGUGGGAGAGGAGGAACCAGGAGGUCCAACAGGAUGAAGACCUGUUCUCAACUGGAUUCAACUUGUUUGGAGAACCUUAUAAAACUAAUAAAGGUGACGCAUUGGCCAGUCGUGUCCAGAACACGCUGGGCUCCUACGAAGAAAUGAAAGACCUAUUAACCAGCCACUCUAACCAGAGCCACUUGGUGGGAAUCCCCAAAGGCAGCAACAACCUGCAGACCCCGACCACUUCAACGACAGAGAGACCCGCCAUGGAGUCCCAGCUUUUCAACGAAGCCCAGAGAGGAGGAACAGGUGGAGGAGGAGGAGCUGAGGGAGGUGGGGACAAGAGGGUGGGAAAUGCAUCUUCCUCAUCUUUAACUUCCAUGCAACCUCCUGCUUCGACCACAUCGUCAUCAAGCGCCACAACGAUCCCACAUCAGAAUUCGAAAAAGUCCCGAAGCUCCAUGGAUUGGUCAAGGGCAGGCCAUGGACAAAGUACCCAAGGAACAGGCCUCACUCUGGGGUUAGGACAGAACGGGCAGGGGCAGGUUACAGCUGCUCCCAGUGGAAGAGGGAAAAUGUCUUUAUUAGAGGAACAAAGGCAUGAAGAGCUGUUUAGCUCACUUAAAGAUGAACUCGGUCUAAAAGGAGACUCAAGCCCUUCUUCCUCCUCUUCCUCAUCCUCAUCCUCUUCCUCUUCUUCUCGGAGAAGGCACCCCUCCAAAACUCUUCCUCUCCCAGAUGGUGGCAAUUUCCGAUCUUCCACCAUGGACGGUGGCCAUUUUAAGUCUUCCACUAACACAGAAAAUGGCGGACAUUUUAAAUCCUCCCCGUUUGAAAAUGAGACAGGUUCUCAACUCUCUAUGUCCUCCUCCCCGCUGGCUUCCACAUCAGUUCUGACAACGCCUACUCCUGGUCUAACCACUCCCACAUCUGGACUGACUACCCCCACCUUCCCACCUGGUAGCCUAUCAGGGAAGCCGAUCGCAGUGCAGCAGAAGCCCACAGCGUAUGUUCGACCAAUGGAUGGCCAGGACCAGGCGCCUAGUGACUCUCCCCAGCUUAAACCCCCUCUAGUGGCCACAGAGACAUUUAACAGCAGUCAGGCCUACGGAGGAAACUCGGGGAAUGUGAAGAAUAAACUGCCAAAACUGAGUCUCAGCCACGCAGGGGAGGUCAGCCUACCAAAUGACUCCAGCUGUGUUGAAGAGAUUUUGCGGGAGAUGACCCAUUCCUGGCCUCCUCCUCUCACAGCCAUACACACCCCUGGGAAGGCUGAUCAGACCAAGUUCCCCAUCCCAAACAAGGAGUCACAGCAUGUGACCUCGGGCUACAACACUCAGAAGCGAUGUACUGUAUCAGCUAACAAGCCUGCUGCUAAACCUCCAACUGCACCACAAAAGUCAAUGUUGGAGGAUGACCUGAAGAUCAGCAGCGAUGAGGAAGAAGCCGAACAAAAGGUGUCUGACAAGCCCAAAGCCAGAGGCACAGCCGUAAGUGGAGCUUCAGGGAGCAGCAGCGAAUCAGAGAGCAGCUCAGAGUCGGACACAGACGAAUCAGAGAGCAGCUCCAGUGACAGCGAGUACAAUCAGGCCACCCGCACAAACACUCCAGAGCCUGAGCCCCCCUCCACCAACAAGUGGCAGUUGGACAGCUGGUUGAAUAAGGUCCAAGCUCAAACCAAACCCCUGGUUCCCCCACAGCAAGAACACCAUAGCACAGGCUCCAUCACCCAGGGUCCGGACACUUUCUCUCCAAGGAGUGAAUCACCAGCAGUGGGUACAGCUGCUAAGACCAAGCCCUGCGGAUCCAACAGCACCCCUGUUCCAGCUGCACCAACGGUGGAACACAAGGAUACAAGGGGGGCCUUCUGCCCAGGCAGAGAGAAGGCCAAGGCCAAGCUCAACCAGAAGACCCCUGGGGACGGCCAGAGGUCAAGGAUGAGGUUGUCGCCGGGCCUGUUGUCAGGGCCAGAAGUCAUGACCCCAAGGAGGAACACCACAGGGAAGAAACAGCCCAGGCGGACAGAGAGAUCAAACUGUGUGGAGGAUAAUCAGACCCAGACAUGGAGCAGAGCAAACCAGCAUAGCCCUGCAGCAAGGGAGAAGGACCUGUUGCCUCCCCCCUCCCUGGAGCAUCAGAACCCCCUGAGGCCACGAAGCAAACCCCCCAGUGGGAAAACAGCCCCCAGGAAAGAACCUCGCAGUGCUACCAACUCAAACAACAACACAGUUACUCCACCAGCGGCACUACAGCAAACUCCUGUGCCAAUACCUGCUGUCAGUGUAAACCAGGAUAAGCGGAAAAACAGAGGACCAAACGCCAAAAUCACACCCAAGUCCAGAGAAUUCAUCGAAACAGAUUCCUCCUCCUCCUCCUCUGAGUGCCAGUCGGAUUCAGAGGAAGCCGUCAAAAUCCCCACUCUGCCACCUCAGACGACACGCUCUGCGAUUAACACACAGACUGUGUCCAACACACACGUACACACGCCUCUUCUCCCAUGCCUGGCCUCUGUUGGCACUGUGGGGAGUCUGGGAACAUUUGGAGGGAAAGGACUUCGAGUCAAAGAUGGUAGCAAUGUGACCACUAAUGGUAGCAGCAGUAAUAAUAGUAGCAUCAGCAGUGGUGGUAAUGGUGGCAGUAAUAGCGGUAACUCCCUAAGCAUCAGCAACAUAAGUGGUUCAUUUGGAACCUCUGUUCCUGAUCCUGGAGGGUUAGGAGGACAGUGCAAAGACCUGGAGUCCAUGUCGCCACCUUCCAACAUGGGACAUGAGGUGCCUCUUUCCCCCUUGAGGGAAUACCAAGAGAUCCAGAGUUUAUGGGUGAAAAUUGACCUCAGUCUGCUCAGCAGGGUGCCAGGCCAGGGUUCGGGGGAAAGAUCCAGAGCGGGAAUCGCAGAAAGGGACGGGAGCGAAGAGAGAGACAGAGAGAGACAGGGGGAGAGGGAGAGGAUAGGGGUGGCAGAGAGAGAAAGACAGAAGCAGGAAGAGAGAGAGUGGCCAGGGCUGAGAGAGAGGCAGAAGUUACCUAAAGGGGAGAAAGAGGAAGAAGAAAAUGAGCGGUUAGUGCAGGACAGAGAGAGGCAAGGUGACAGAUUAACAGAGAGAGAGCGGCAGACGGACAGAGAGGACAGAGAAAGACUGGGGCUCGGGGAGAGGGAGCGAACGACAGGCAGGGACAGAGAGAAGGCGUGCCAAGGUUUGGGGGUCCUGGACAACCCCCCUACGCAAGAGCAGAGUAAUCCCAGGCUGGCUGGGAGGACGGAGAGAGGAGAGAAUGGAGGCAAACACAGGAGGCAGGCAGCUGGAAACAUAGUGGUCCCAGCAGAGAAACACACCAGCAAGAGCAAGAGGAAACAUAAGUCGGACCACAGUGAGGCAUCAGUCAACGGGAAUAAGAAGCUGCGAUUGGAUAAAGACUGUCAGCUCCUCCCACCCUGCAUCUCUCCAAUACACAACCACAAGAACAGCUCUACAGAUAGCUCUCUAAACAGGAAGCCGUCUCGGCGGCGUGAUGAGAAGCUGCUUCCACCCCUCCUGUCCCCCCUCUCUGACGAUCCCCCUCGUAAACGAACCUGUGACAGCAGUUCCUCUCUCAGCCAGGAGGGCGGCGCCGCUGGGAUGCUGCCUUGCUCCACCUCUUCCACUUCCUCUUCCUCUUCCUCACACAGACACAGGAGAGGUGAAGGCAAGGCGUCAUCGCACGCAAGAAAUGGCAGCGAAAUGGAUCCCCAUGGCGAGAAGCUCGGUGGGGAUGGUUACCAUGCCAACGGACAGUCAGACUCUGAGGCGUGGUCGGAACCGCUGACGGAAACUGCCGAACCUCGCAGGCCAAGACUGUCAUUCAGCAACACAGUCCACAGUGCAGACUACUACAUGCAGGAGGCCAAGAGACUGAAGCACAAGGCUGAUGCUUUGAUGGACAAAUUUGGUAAAGCGGUGAACUACGCAGACGGCGCCCUCUCCUUCAUAGAGUGCGGAAAUGCUAUGGAGCGAGAUCCGCUAGAGGCCAAAUCACCAUAUACCAUGUACUCUGAGACUGUAGAGCUAAUCAGGUAUGCCAUGAGGUUGAAGAACUUCACAAGCAAUUCAGCCACCAUCGCUGAGAAGAAACUCGCUGUCUUGUGUAACCGCUGUCUGUCUCUGCUGUAUCUGAGGAUGUUCCAUCUGAAGAAAGACCACGCUGUCAAGUACUCGCGGUCGCUCAUGGAGUACUUCAAGAAUUCAGCCAAGAGUUCCCACCAGGCACCCUCUCCCUGGAGGACCAAUGGGAAGGUCAAUGGGACUCCGUCUCCCCUCUCACUCAGCCCCUCCCCAGCCAGCAGCGGAGGAGGAGGUGGAGGAGCAGGAGGAGGAUCUGGAGGUGCCCCAGUCUCGUCAGGAAGUGUGGCUAUUCCCCAGCGGAUUCACCACAUGGCUGCUAGUCACGUUAACAUCACCAACAACAUCCUGCGGAGCUAUGAACACUGGGAGACGGCCGACAGACUGGCCACUUAUAGCCAAGAGUUCUUCCAGGAGCUGGACUCUGUGAUGGAGCCGUUGAGUCAGCAGAGCAGCAUGACUGAGCUGGUCCGAUACAUCAGGCAGGGACUGCACUGGCUCCGCAUAGAGGCUCAUCUGCUGUAAGGACUGGACCAGAGCCAAAAUUUUUACACACAAAAAACAAAAUGGGCCUGGGAGCUAGAACUGGGAUGACAAGUGAGAUGAGACUCAGGACGAUGCUUCAGUUCCCAUUGGGAUCCUUCAAAUGACCCGACACCACCCACAGUAAUGUAACGGGAUAGACUGGGUGGAUUAAUUGGCCUAAAUUCACCUGUAAUUAGGACUGCACAGUAGCUAAGUUUGGGAAUUUCAACCGUAAAUCCAAGAAUACAAAUGCGGCUGCUGCUGCUUUUCGGGGCAACUGCAGCUGUACAUCAGCGCAGGUAGCCUAAAUUCCGAAAGGGACAAUAGAUGUUACAAACAUCCCUGUAUCCCUGAAUAGAAACCAGAGAAGACAGGAUCAUUUUCAAAAGGAUAGGUGAGAGGCUGAUGUGAUUAAGGAUGCUGAAGGUGGGGAAGGAGCUAAAUAGAGGCACAUCUGCCCCAGCAGUGACCUAGAAACGUGUCUGUGAUUGAGACUAGAAUUAAAGCCUCAGGCUAAUAUUGAUGAAGAAGAGGAGCGUCGGCUCAAUCAAUUAGGUAAGGUCCUCGCUGGUAGAGGAAAGAGGCUCAGCUACAACCACUAGAGCUGAACUUAUGAAGGCUCAAGUUAGUCCUCUGCUUGUAUUUCAGUCAGAAGCUAGAAGCUGACGAACCCGCCUGUGUUGUGUAUUCCUUCGAUAAUUUAACAAAAUGCAAUAAUUAGUCACAGGGCUUGACAGGGAAUAAUGCAUGUUCAGAACAAAGGGCAGUAUGUAAUGAUGUAAUAAUACAGGAGAGCAGAACAGCUGGUCACAGGCAUUUUGAAGAGGAAACAUAUUUGCGUAGGUACAACUAUAGCUAAAUAGCUAGAAGUAUAGAAACACAGGCUGCUCUUCUUCUUCUGUUGUAAUUCUGGCAGAGUAGCUGCUCAAAGGAAGUAAGAAGUAAAGAUCUUAAGGGUUAUAACUUUGAAUUAGCAACUUCAUUAUAUAAAUUAGAUUAGCUUCUUAUUCUAUAUUAUCGGGUUAACCACAUGAAAUCAGAUUAUUCAAGUUUAUUCGAAUGUCCUCGCCUACCUCUAAACAGGGCCAGUUACUGUGUGACAUUUUUCUAUACUCUGCCAAUAUGAUUCCUGAGUUUGAGCGCCAAUACCAAAACAAAGAUUAAGAAAUAGAAAGAUUUUUCUACAAAACCCUUUUCAGCAAAAUAGGAAUUUUGUCUUAAACUGGCAACAUUUUUAUUUAAAUUAUAAACUAUCAAUCGAUGAAUAAGUUAACAAGAUAAUGAAAUUGACAGUUGAUGCCAGCUUUUCAUACUUGACAGUCAGCAACGGACACAUUUUGGUCUAAAAAGGUAGUGCGGUUUGACACCCAGUCCUACCUCUUAAUGUAGUCACUCCUGGUGUAGGCAGGUGACAUCAAGAAAGCCUCCGUUUGUGCAGUUGCCAUCAAGCAGCUCACAUGUGACCUGGAUCAGUGGUUUGUUUACACUAAACUCAGAUCUGGAGCCUCUACAACUGAAUCAAGAUAACCCUAAUAUUAAGAUGUGCCUAACCAGACUUUGAAGUUGCAGUCUGUGGGGUUAACAGCUCAACAGAAAAAGCUUUCAGUUCUCUGGUCCUACAAAUGAGGGCUUUCUUCCAAUCAAAAAAAAGCAUCUGUCUGGUUCUUCUCUUACUGGUUAUGGGCUUUUGUGAAAUUCCACUCAGUUCUAUUUCCCAUAGUAACCCACCCACUAAGGUGUCAGACACUUACGGGGAGGUGACUACAAGAUUCAGUAUGAUUUGGCUCUAGUUAAGCCCCCACCCACGUGCAGAUCAAGUACUCAGGGUGAAAAUCUCACAUCAGCUAUUUCGCCCCAGAUGUAAAAAAAAAUCUGUGCAACAGCAGCGACUUUGUGCGACACUUAUUGAGAUCAGAUCACCUGCUGGAAAUCUUGUAGUCAUUUUACCAACAUUUGUCGUGUUGUGUUGUUAGUGUGUAUACGUGUACAGCUGAUUGUCAAGUCUAUUUAAAGCAUUACCUGGCUGGACAAUAAUGAUGUUUGUGUAACAUAAUGUACAGACUGUGAUCCUGUUUUGUUUUUUAGUGUCUUGUGAAUGAUUCAAUGUGAAUGGAUGAGGGAGUGAAACACGAAA